UUCAAGUUUGUGUUAUCGGGAUUUACUGUAUUUGUAUACAUUUUGUUUGAAUGAUGCACACUGUGGACAAAAAAGAUUUUCUAAUUCAUUAUUUCAUAUAUAUAUAAUUAAUUUUUAACAAAUGAUGCGAGUAAAAUGUUUUUUUAAAUUUUGGUGAUAAAAUUCUAUGGUUGUAUGUACAUAGCCUUAACAACAACCGCGCGCGAUAGGCACUGAAUCAGAAUUUACUUAUCUUUCUCCUUGCCGGUCGGUUCAUUACGACACUCAAACAAAAACAAUUACUAAUGACCUCAUAAAAUGUCGAAAAUGUCAAAAUAACAGAGACAUCUAAUGUUUUCAGAGACUUUUCAAGAACGCCUUUUACGCGGUACCUGGCCACUAGUGUAAAUUUCUGCGACAUCAAACCUGUAUAUUGCCUUUCAUCGCAUACAUCGGUAAACAAAACUUUUUUAAUUAUUUGCAAGAAUCUGAACUGAAGUAUUGUUUCCACUUUUCUAUAAACUUUGACUUGAUGCUUUUAAUUCUAGAUUCCUGCACCCUACUCAUUGCAGUUGCCGCAGGUUAUGGCUGGGGCUUUUCUGAUGCAGAUGGUUUGGUGAUGUCUGAUAGUAUUCUAGACUUCAUUGGUGAAUUGCGGCUACAAAACGAAAGUGAAUGGAACUCAGUUACAGAGGCCGUGAAGAAAAUUUUCUUGGAUAAGGUUCCCUGGAGAGCGUCUAGAGGUCUGAGCACGAGUAAUGCUGCGAUUUUCCAGUCAAGCGUCAGUCGAUUUGAGCUAGGAUCUGUUGCCUGGACGCCUACAGGGUUUCCUGCAGGUAUCACGCCUUGGACAGCGGCAUGGCAAAAUAGAUCGAAACCUUACCUGACUAUUCGUCUCAAAGAUGAAACAACUUCAACAUUUGAUUCAGUGGCAUACUCUACGUCUUUAGAAAAUACGUCUUUACAAGAAUAUUGCAGAUUGAUUAAGCGGUACAGAAAUGUGCUGUUCAUGACUGACGACACGAUAGAGGCUAAGCAUUUCAUUUCCUGCUUCUCCCAUUGGCUCAAGACCAUGGACGAAAUUAGAGGCAAGACAAGUUUUAUUGCCAGCGUUGAAGAGAAUGAGAUUUGCACUGCUCAGGAACUUGUGAAACUGUUACGAGAAUAUGGAGCUUUGGUUGAGGUGAAUCGCGAGAGACCUAAGUGCUCAACAAUUAUUCUGAUCGACGUUGAUUUCAUCCUUAAUCGAAAAUUAUCUUCGGAUGUCUUUGUUUGGCUUGGAAAACGUGGAACAGAAGAACCCUUCUAUCUAAGCAAUGGCAUGGAGUGAACAGUCAGCUUUACUAUUUGCAAAAUGACGUCAUCGUACUUGCAUAUGCAACGAAGACAAGCAUGGACCGAUUUGGGCAAGGAAUUCAUAGAUUUUUCAAGUUAAUUGAUCUCCCACCAACCAUGCCUGUUCUUCUGCAACGUUGGCUCCGACAAAAGGCAACACGAAAUUCAGAAAGCCGAUUAAACUUCAGGGAAAUUGAUAACUGGAGCUCCUGGAUAAGCGAUGUUUACAGAAGAUCUAGAAUCGAUCUUGAAAAGCUAGACAUUAAAUUGGAUAUGCCAGAUCUUGGGCUGUUUCUGUCUGCUCCUUUCAGUGAUUCAGCCGGCCUUAAAAGCUGGGCUGAAGACCUUUGGUUGCAUCACUUUCUGCCACAAGUCGAGAGUUCUGUGGAGGAGCAGGUUGCCGAGGCAACCAAUACUCAGCAGGACUUAUUGAUCCAAGUCGCUCUGAACGCAUUCUUAGAAGGAGCUUUUUUGCCGGGCUGCCCAUGCAAAUUAGAUAUCGGUUAAGUUAGGACUAAAUUUUUAGAUAUUUUAAUCGACUCUACUAGACCUAAUGCUGUCUGACCAGGAGGAAUGUACUCAUAUUCCAGAGAUUUUGUCGGUGGUCGAAACAGGGAGAUUUGAUGCUUUCAUCAAAAGGAGGGACUUGAAAAUUUUAUAGAAGAAAUGACCUGUCGUUCUCUGAUUUCCCUGGUGCAAAUCAAGUCCUGUUUCGGAUGCCAACACUCUUGUUGUUCAUGUGUGUAACACCUUUUGCAAUUAGAUAUUACUUUCACAAAGUUUUUAAAGAGGCCGGAAGUUUGUCAUAAUGUGCAGGCCUAAGAGGGGACGUAUUUUCGUCAAAAUUUUCGUCGCAGAGGCACCAUCUUUUACCUUGUUACCUAGCAGUCCAGCCAUAUGAUACUCUGGGUACCAGAUCCUCAAUAAACCGGGGAUAAAGUAUUGUAGACCGCUUCGGUGGCAAAGAAGGAAGCUCAAAUGAUUAUUGUUGUUUCCUAAGUGCUUCCAACGGAGGGGCUGUAGCCCCCCUAGCCCUCCCCUGGCGCCACCACUGAUUACACCUUUUAAAUACAAAGCUAGGGUCUAUUUUCAACUUUGAAACUUAUAUUGCAAAACUUUCCAAAAGGCGGACAUUUCCAAUUAGCGCACACCUUGCUCUGGUCCCGACAGUGUCCUCUAAAUAGAGAGAAUACUGUAUAUUUCUGAGACUAAAUAAUGGAGACUCUGUCGCCCAGGGUAGCCAUAUGACUGUCUACUGACAAAAAUCUCUUCAUAUCCCCCUUCAACCCUUCUUAAGAUUUAUUGAAUUACUUAUCUUCAGUUUCAUUUUAAGCACUUGUUAUAAACUGCCGACUGAAUCAAAUAAAGUUUUAUCUUACUGUUCUUAAAUACAAAUUCACUUUUUCUAAAACGAAAUGUUUAGUCAAAGUUACGUUGCAAUUAGUUCUUGCAGUUAACAGCGUCAAAAGAUAUGUAAAUGAAGGAACCCUCGUUGUAAAAUAGUGCUGUACCAGAGCAUGCUACGUUUCUCGUUGAUAAGUAUGGAAAAACCACUGCCCCAGUUUUCAACUCUUUAUUAUUCAAAUCUAUUUAACACUUAAGGUGGUGGAAAGGGACACUGUGACUCCUGACAAACUCUAAAAGAACAUAUUGUACUUAACACAGAACGGCAAUUGUUGUACUCAACGACGUCGGAGAAUUUUCAUUCCACCUUCUGUCGCGCCCUUUCCCGCCCUGUUCACCAUUCUAUCGACCCGAAUCAUGUUUGCUAGUUUGGUACAUAUUUCAACAGUUUUAUAGCCACUGUUAUCUUGCCUUAAAGCACAAAAAUAAUAGGUGUUACUACCAACAUUAUAAAUUUUAUUCCCGUCCUUUCAAUAACUUAGUAACAGACUCAGAAAGAUCAGCUACUUGGUUUGAAACUGGUGUGUUUACUGUGUUUUGUGUAAACUAUUUGAAAACUUGGUACCCUAUUCAGGCGCUGUUCACUCAACCUGAACGAUACUUACAGACACGGUAAAGGGGAUAGAGUAGGAGGGUAAAAGUACCCUUGUCAUUUGUCUUCGCAAUUAUCAAGAACAUAUAUAUGAGUUUCCGACUGUAGCAACUUUUUCAAAAACUCGCGUGAUUAUUUCGUAUCUGCUAGAAGUGAGCCGUUCAUACGCUUAUCGGAAUGGAAAUAUCAUUUACAUAACAGUAGAAGCUGCAAAUCACUGUUGCAAAUUUUUUUCUUAUCAUGAAGCUAAUAGCCAUGCCCCUGGACCGUGCCGGUGUCUUCAACGACUCUAGACCUCAAAGAUAUUCAUAAAGAAAUACCUAAAUAGAUUUUCAAUGUAAAGUGAGAAACAUAUUACUUUAUCCUCGGUGAGUAUUUAUAAUAAACAAAUUUAUAACAGUUUAGGUAUUGUGAUGUACAUGGUAAAAAUUUGCCUUAUCGAUUUCAUCCAGAAAUCCUGUCGUUUUUUGACUCUCUCUUUCUCUUCUGUCGAAAACAAAAAGAAAGUUCUUAUGUUGAUGCACAAGGUAAGGUAAGAGCUGAGACAUACUUGUAAAGCUUUUCACUGCAUCGACCAGUUUCUUAAUUCUCGAAUACUGAGAAAAGGGACCUUAUUUCGAUAAGUAUUUUGACAAGAAGCUCAAGGGUAAAGGAAAGCAAAAGAAUGAAAAUUAAUCUAAAUUAUAGGUCCGUGAUUAACAGGGGAAGGGGGUCAUGCCCAUCAGUCUACAUUAACAUUCUUUGUCUCCCCCACCUUCAAACAUCACUUUGCCAUGCCACAUCAUUCUAAAGUACCAGGCACCGCGGAGCGUUGAGAAAAGUGAGGUGGUCUCAAGAAAGUGGGGGGGGGGGCUAAAACCGUAUAAAAAGUGGCUUUUCUGGCAGUUUGAUUCUUAAUAUUUGGCAUUUUUAUUAUUUGGCAUCUUAAUAUUUGGCUAAAGCCCCCCCCAGCCCUCCCUGCUCCGCGGUGCCCGAGUACCUCAGUGAAGUGAGAAGUCAUGCGAGUAGGGUCGAUGAGAACGGUCUUGCUUUUAGUACAAUAUGUUUUGCAUUUUACGGGCUACGUUAUGAAUUGAAUUGAAGAUGUUCGAAAACAGAACCAAGGUGCACAUACUGUGUGUUUAUCAAGUUUCAGUAAGCUUUUGCGUUUUCAGUAUUGCGUUAACAAGUUAAAUCGUCUGGCACGUGGCGAAGUAGGCCCACCACACCUUGAAUUCCUGAUGCCAUUUAAACCUGCAAGUCAAGCUCCUGUCAUGAUGGGAAUACAAUCAGGAAGGUUAUUAAUGAUGCUGUUGCAAAC